AUGGACAGUCCUCCUCAAGAACCCUCUGUCCCUCCCCCAUCAACGCCAUCACUAGAAGACCUUCUCACUACUCUCCGCCAAACAGGACCCUACCGUCUCCAAGUCGCAGCCUCACUCCUCGACCGCGACGUCGACAUUAACGGCGUUCAUGAAUUCCCCAAGCAUUACCCUUAUGGUGGGGGACCCAAAGUGCCGCGUACGAAAGUCACCGCGCUUUACGACGCCGCACAACGCGGCGAUUACGAAGCCGUCCAGUUUCUCCUCUCCCGAGGUGCGGAUGUGCGCGCGAAGAACCGCACGGGCAUGGCAAUGUAUGGCGGAUUAUUCCCGAUCGACAAUAUUGAGACGCUUUGGCAGAGGAAAUGUACGGAGUUGAAACUGAGGAGGAAUUUGUUAAGAGGCGAGAUGCUUUCGAUGAGUUGAUGAAACCAGGCUACGCAAGACCGACCGGGGAGUUUCAGGUAAAGUCAAAGAUGAGAAGAGUCAAGAGCGUUUUGCCAAAGAGUCGCGCAAAGGAGAGUCGGACAAAGAAAGGAUAUUCUAAUGGUGCAGAGGAGUACGAGGAGAAAAGGUAUGCUUUGAGAUCCAGAAGCUCAACCCUCUUCUACGCCUAAAGUUGAGUUUUAUAUAACACAUUCCGAAAUGUUUUUGUCCCAUACUACCAGCCAUAGUUAUGGUGUAGAAUCUAUAAAUCCUCAC